AUGGGCGGAAGUAAGGGCAAAGCGCCCCAGCGCCGGGCUCGACCUGGGAGACCAGCCUCAGCCGAGCGGGAGUCUGGGUCCGCCAGCGCCGACUGCGCCCCUAGCCGGGACCGCAGGCCUGCCCGCAGCAAAGCCCGCAAGAACAAGCCCGCUACGGAGCAUGAGGCCACCGGAGGCAAGGGGACCGCUGGAGGCCAGAGGAAGUUCACUGGAGUGGAGAACCACCGCUGCAGAAGUGCAGAAACGGAAACAUCACAGGAGACCCAGGAGAGGCGGGGCAGCAGCUCGCAGCGUCUGGGACACGGACCCACGGAGAGUCGUGAGUCCGGGGACAGUUGUGGGGAGCACACGGAGGAACAGAGAAUCCCCGGGGAAGAAGAGCGGACAGGCAAGCGCGGCCGCCGCAGGAGAGGAAAAGAUCGGGGACCUUCGACUCCGCGAGGUCAUGGAGAGACUCCUGGCAGGGAUGGGGACACGUCGGGCGGGGAUGGAGGUAGCUCGUGUCUGGACAGUGAAGCCCGCGAGGCCCAGGACAGCAGCAGCCAGGGCGGGGGAGCCCCGGAGCGGCCACCCAAAAUGGAGCCUUCGGAUACCAGCUCAGAAGACGCUCCAAUCAGAGGACCCAGUUCAACUCUGGUGCAGGGCAAAUGCCCUGGCAACAACCAUCCAGGUAGCGAAGGACACGUCUUAGAGCUCCAGAGCAAGGAAGGGUCGUCGGGGACAGGGCCUCAGAGAGCAAGUGACGAUUCCCGGACAGAUACAGACUCGAGCCUCGGGUGGGCUGGGCACAGACAUCUCCCACAGAAGAUCCCAGGAACCUCAAGUGGCAUCCCUGAGUCCCGGGAGAUAGAUCUGGGCAGGGAAGCAGCAGCCUCCAGCGUCCCUAGAGUCUCUCAGUGUCCCCAGGACUCUAGCGCGAUCGUAGACACCGGUGAUGUCGGGGCGCAGCCAGAGGCUGAGCUGCUGGGCACCGAGCCUGACACAGCGGGGGCUCCCGGGACUCAGCGCCUCCAGGUCGGAGAGGUGAGGAGAAAGGCGCAAGUGGUUGCGGGAGAGAGCGACGAGGGAGCCAGAGAGCGAUCGAGUGCAAGGGACCCAGGACCCCGGGACCGGACGCCACUGGCCGCGCUCGUGGUGCUGCGCAGGCUGCGCCCGAGGCCCCCAGCCGGCGCGUCCCCCCAGUUCGCCGGUGGCAUCCGCGUGGGUCUCAAGGCGCGACUGCAGCGCGUGGCGCGAGCCCUGGACUUCCUGCGAUGGCUGCGACUGCGGGUAGAGCGACGUCGGACGGAGGCGCGGGCCACGAGCCCGCGGGAGUGCGAGGAGCGCGGCCGCGAGAGGGCGCUCGAGGCGCGAGGCAGGGCGCCCGGGGCCCGGCGCUGGUUGGCCUUACGCCUGGCCUGUCGCCUGGUGGGGCUUCGGGGAACGCCGCGAGCUCUCCCUGGCGGUGGUCCGAGGCCUCCGCAGGCUCUGAGUAGCUCCGUCUGUAAUGAUGCAUCAGCCAUCGAGGAUCCAGCUCCAGAUCCCAAAUUCGCAGUGGUCUUUCCCCGGAUCCAUAAUGCGGGGAAGGAGUCGGGCAGCAGCAGUUCAGGAGCAUCCGCGGACGUCCUCACUGCUGGAGCUGCAGAGGAUAGGGAGGAGCAAGAAGCUGAUGGAGAAGGGAUGAUCAGGUCCUAUCAGGUUCCCUCCUUUUCCCCGUCUGCCCCCAAUGGGACCCCACUGGAUGAGGACCGGAGCGAAGCAGAGCCAGAGACCUUGGAAGCUAAGACUGGGGUGCACUGGGCACAGGACUCUAAUCCCAGCGAAGACCCUGAGCUUGGCGCUGAUACUCUGCUGCCUCAGCUCACCCUGGAGACUCGCCUGCGGCAGAAUAGCCCCUGCAGGUCACAAAGGGAGCGGUGGGAGCCUGAGGAUGACACUGAGGCAGCGCUGGAAAGGGACCUGGAGUUGAGCCUCCAGAGGAACCUAGAGAUGCCACCCUUUCUGGGUGCUAAGACCGGGAGUCUCCCAGAGGGUUUGGAAGAUAUUGAGGACCUCGCCAGGCUGCGGCUGGUGUGUGACAGCUCUGUGCUGCUGUGCCUCAAGAAGAGGUUCCACCUGGGCCGUAUCUAUACUUUCGGGGGGCCCCUCCUACUUGCUCUGAAUCCCCACCAGUUCCUGCCUCUUUUCUCAUCAGAAGUCCUGACCAGCUACCAUCCCAGGAAGGCCCGGAACACCACACCACACAUCUUUGCCAUCGGGGCAGCAGCCUAUAGCCUGUCUCAGAGCACUGGACAGGAUUCCUGCAUCCUCCUGGGUCCCUUGUGCCUCCCCCAUCCUCAUCCCCUCCCACCCUGCAGGGGACACAGUGGCUCAGGGAAGACCGAGGGGGCCAAGAAGAUUUUGGAGUUUCUAAGCAGCCUAGGGCAGGAGCUGAUGGAGGCCAACCGGGCUCAGCUGGAGGACAUUCUGCCCGUACUCGGCAGCUUUGGCCAUGCCAAGACCAUCCUCAAUGCCAACGCCAGCCGCUUCGGCCAGGAGAUCCGCCUCUGCCUGCAGCAGGGGCUUAUUGUAGGAGCCUCAGUGUCCCACUAUCUGCUUGAGACCUCCAGAGUAGUAUUUCAGGGUGGGGCCUGCAGGCUGCAGGGCAAGGAGGAUGCGCAGGACUUCAAGGAGCUGGUGAAGGCCCUGAGGAGGCUGGGGUUGUGCACAGAGGAGCUGACUGCAGUCUGGGCUGUGCUGGCCACCAUCCUGCAUCUGGGCAACAUCUGCUUCUCUUCUUCAGAGCGGGAGUCCCAAGAGGUGGCUGCUGUGUCCAGUUGGGCUGAAAUCCACCUGGCAGCCCGACUGCUACAGGUGCCACCAGAGCGCCUGGAGGGAGCAGUCACCAAGAGGGUCAUGGACACACCCUAUGGCCCGGUCUCCAGACCUCUGCCAGUGGAAGGGGCCACUGAUGCCAGGGAUGCCCUGGCCAAGACCCUGUACGCGAGGCUCUUCACCUGGCUUCUGAAGCACAUGAAUGCGCGGCUGUCCCCACCAAAGGAGGCGGACGGUUUGGCCACCAUUGCAGUUGUAGAUGCCUUUGGCUUUGAGGCUCUGCGGGUGAAUGGCUUAGAGCAGCUAUGCAGUAAUCUGGCCAGCGAGCGCCUGCAGCUCUUCUCCAGUCAGAGGCUGCUGGCCCAGGAGGAGGAGGCGUGCCAGCAGGAACUGCUGAAGUGGGUGCCCAUUCCUCAGCGUCCAAUGCAGUCCUGCCUGGAUCUCCUGGUGGGCCAGCCCCAUAGUCUUCUAAGCAUCCUGGAUACCCAGACCUGGCUACCCCAGGCCACGGACCACACCUUCCUCCAGAAGUGCCACUAUCACCAUGGUGACAACCCCAGCUACGUCAAGCCUCUGUUGCCCCUGCCAAUCUUCAUGGUGCGGCACUACGCUGGGACCGUCACCUACCAGGUGCACAAGUUCAUAAACAGAAACAGGGGCCACCUGGACCCCGCCAUGCUGGAGAUGCUCAGGCAGAGCCAGCUGCAGCUCAUGGGCAGCCUGUUCCAGGAAGCAGAGCCCCAGGCUGGGACUGAGCAAAGCAAACCCACAUUGGCCUCUCGAUUCCAGCAGUCCCUGGGUGACUUGCUAGCUCGGCUAGGCAGGGGCCAUGUCUAUGUUAUCCACUGUCUCAAUCCCACCCCUGGAAAGCUCCCAGGCCUCUUGGAUGUGGGGCAUGUGGCAGAACAGCUGCAUCAGGCUGGCAUCCUGGAGAUCAUAGGCACCCGGAGUACCCACUUCCCCGUGCGAGUGCCCUUCCAAGUCUUUCUGGUCCUCCUGCAGGAGCAGGGCUGGCAGCAGCUAGAACAGCUGUGGGCUCAGCGGCGCUCACAGGCCCUGCUCACUCUGCACCGUGGCCUUCGAGCUUGUAUCACUCGACAGCGCCUCCGUCUCCUGCCCAGGAUGCAGGCUCGUGUUCGUGGGCUCCAGGCCAGGAAGCGAUAUCUCCGGCGGAGGUCAGCUCUGGGACAGCUGAACACCAUCCUCCUAGUGGCCCAGCCCCUGCUCUGGAGACGACAGAAACUACGGGUAAGAGGGCUUUGGAAGUGUUCAUGGAUCGUGGGGAAGCUCAUGAUAGGAGCCAGGCCCCCAGGCCCUCUUCUACUCUCCCUCUUGCCUGAUGACUCCUAUCAGACAGGCAGUGACAUCCACAGCCUGGUGACGCGUGCCCGUGGCCCGCACAGCGGGGAGCCCUGGGGGAAAGUGUCAAAUAUGGACCUGGGCCGCUUGGAGAUCCCUGCCCAGCUGGCUGCUCUGCUGGAGAGGGCAGAAGACCACCAGGCCUUGCUGACGGGGAGCAUCACAGAGUCCCUGCCACCCGAGGUCCCUGCCCGGCCCAGCCUGACUCUCCCUCCAGACAUUGACCAGUUUCCCUUCUCCAGUUUCGUGUCCACCAGCUUCCAGAAGCCAUUUCUGCCUCGACCAGGGCAGCCACUGGACGAGCCCCUGACGCGGUUGGAUGGCGAGAACCCUCAGCAGGCUCUGGAGAUCAACAGGGUGAUGCUGCGGCUCCUGGGGGAAGGAUCCCUGCAAUCCUGGCAAGAGCAGACCAUGGGCACAUUCCUGGUGCAGCAGGCCCAGCGAUGGCCAGGGCUUCGAGAUGAGCUCUUCAGCCAGUUGGUGGCCCAGCUGUGGCGCAACCCAGACGAGCAGCAGAGUCAGCGUGGCUGGGCCCUAAUGGCGAUCCUGCUCAGCUCCUUCCCCCCCACACCUGCCCUGGAGAAGCCAUUGCUCAAAUUUGUAUCUGACCAGGCCCCCAGUGGCAUGGCAGCCCUGUGCCAGCACAAGCUCUUAGGUGCCCUGGAGCAGACCCCGCUGGCUCCCAUGGCCUCGAGGUCCCACCCACCCACACAACUUGAGUGGAAGGCUGGCUUACGUCGGGGCCGCAUGGCACUGGAUGUGUUCACAUUCAACGAGGAAAGCUACUCCGCGGAAGUGGAAUCCUGGACCACGGGAGAGCAGUUUGCAGGGUGGAUCCUACAGAGCAGAGGCCUGGAGGCGCCCCCUCGUGGCUGGUCUGUAUCACUGCAUUCUGGAGAUGCUUGGCGGGACUUGCCUGGCUGUGACUUUGUGUUGGACCUGAUAGGCCAGACUGAGGACUUGGGAGACCUAGCUGGUCCCCACAACUACCCCAUCGCAACUCUUGGUUUAGCUGAGAGCAUCCCACCAGCUCCUGGUGUCCAGGCUCCUUCCCUGCCCCCAGGACUCCCUCCAGGUCCAGCCCCAACACUGGCCAGCAGCCGCCCUCCGGGUGAGGCCAGUAGGCGGGGGAACCUGGAUGGUUUCCUGGAUCACCUCUUUGAACCAGCGCUCGCCCCGGGAUUCAGUGAUCUGGAACAAGGCUGGGCCCUGAGCAGACGCAUGAAGGGAGGGGGCUCUAUUGGGCCCACCCAGCAGGGCUACCCCAUAGUGUACCCAGGAAUGGUGCAGGCACCUACCUACCAGCCAGCUAUGAUACCCGCACCGAUGCCCGUCAUGCCAGCCAUGGGCACAGUCCCAACCAUGCCAGCCAUGAUGGUGCCACCCCAGCCACAGCCUCUGGUGCCCAGUUUGGACUCAAGGCAGCUGGCAGUACAGCAGCAAAACUUCAUCAACCAGCAGGCGAUGAUUCUGGCACAGCAGAUGACCACCCAGGCCAUGAGCCUGUCCCUGGAGCAACAGAAUCAGAGACGCCAGCACCAAGCUCAGGCCUCUGGGGCCACCUCCCAGCCUCCACCCUCAACCAUGGCUCCCAAGGCCAAGAAGCCUCCUGCCCCCCAAGAGAAGCCAGAGAGUGACCUAGAACCUUCCGGUGUUUGCUUGAGAGACACCCCAGAGGAAACUGAAAGCAGGCCUCAGCGCCCCAAGAGCUUCCAACAGAAACGGGACUAUUUCCAGAAGAUGGGGCAAGAGCCGAUCAAAGUGAAGACGGUGAAACCUCCGGCCAAGGUUCAGAUCCCCCAGGAGGAGACAGAGGAGACAGAGGAGGAGGAAACGGCCGGUGGCCUUCAAUGGGCUCCUCUCUCCCCAGUAGAGUUGUCCCCUCCUCCUCUCCCUCCCCCGGUUAUGAAGAAGCCGCAGAAGCCAAGUAGGCCCAAAGCUGUAAAGAAGGAUGAGAUGGAGCCCGCCCAGGAGGAAGUACCCACCCCGGGCGGGGAUCCCCCGGUGCACAGCUCCAAAUCCGCACCUCAGCCCCCCAAACCCAGCAGGGCACCCCCAGUGCAGAGCUCCAACUCCGCACCUCAGCGCCCGCAACCCAGCAGGGAAAUCCGCAACAUCAUCCGAAUGUACCAGAGUCGCCCAGGGCCUGUGCCUGUGCCGGUACAACCCACCAGGCCUAUUAAAACUUUUCAGAAGAAAAACGACCCUAAGGAUGAGGCUUUGGCUAAGUUAGGAAUAAAUGGCGUCCCCUUGCCCCUAUCGACAUCGCCUAACCAAGGGAAGAGCUCCCCACCGGCUGUGGUUCCUCGACCUAAGGCUCGACCUCGUCUUGAGCCCUCCCUAUCUAUCCAAGAAAAGCAGGGACCCCUUCGGGACUUGUUUGGCCCAUGUAGUCCAAACCCACCUACAGCUCCAGCACCCCCACCUCCACCAGCACUCCCUCCGCCUAUGUCUGGGGAGCCCAAGACCCCCUCAGUGGAGCCUCCUGCCUUGACAGAGCCCAUGGAGGACAAGAACAUCUCUACAAAGCUCCUUGUGCCUUCUGGAAGCGUGUGCUUCUCCUACGCCAACGCAUCCUGGAAGUUGUUCUUACGCAAGGAGGUGUUCUACCCCCGGGAGAACUUCAGUCAUCCAUACUGCCUCAAUCUCCUCUGCCAGCAGAUCCUGCGGGACACCUUCACAGAGUCCUGCACCCGGAUCUCACAGGAUGAGCGGCACAAAAUGAAAGGCCUUCUGGGAGACUUGGAGGUGGGCCUGGAGUCCCUUGACAUUGUUGAAGACAGCAUCAAAAAACGCAUCGUGGUCGCUGCUCGGGACAACUGGGCCAAUUACUUCUCCCGCAUCUUCCCAGUCUCGGGCGAGAGUGGCAGUGAUGUCCAGCUGCUAGGUGUGUCUCACCGGGGACUGAGGCUGCUCAAGGUGACCCAAAGCCCGAGCUUCCACCUGGACCAGCUGAAGACACUCUGCUCCUACAGCUACGCUGAGGUCCUGACGGUGCAGUGCAAGGGCAGAUCCACCCUGGAGCUGUCACUGAAGAAUGAGCAGCUGAUACUGCACACAGUCUGGGCGAGGGCCAUCAAGGCCAUGGUGGAACAGUUCCUGAGUGAGCUCAGGAAGGACUCUGGCUAUGUCAUUGCCCUGCGCAGCUACAUCACCGAUGACAACAGCCUCCUCAGUUUCCACCGUGGGGACCUCAUUAGGUUACUGCCAGUGGCUGCUCUGGAACCAGGCUGGCAGUUCGGUUCUGCGGGGGGCCGCUCCGGACUCUUUCCCGAUGACGUGGUGCAGCCAGCUGCUGCCCCCGACCUCUCCUUUUCCCUGGGAAAGAGAAACAGCUGGCAACGCAGGAGUAAGCCGGGGCCAGCUCAGGAGGUGAGGGAAGACUGAUACAGAAGAGGUGAACGCCCCACCCAUCCCAGGAAACAAGAACCCAGUGAAGACUCGGAAGCCACCUCCUUUACAACCUACAGCUCUUUGUCUGCGGACCCCCACAACUACACCAUGCAGGAAUUUGCCCUGCGCUAUUUCCGGAAGCCUCAUACCUGGCUGUCCCAGAUGAGUGGAGACACCAAAGAGAAGGCUACCAUCAACCUGAUCCAGUACACUAAGGACCCCAUCCAGGAAUCCCUCACCAGCUUCUGUGACGGGGACACAAACAGUGAAGCUGUGGCUGGCUUCAAGGCUCUGAUGCAGUUUAUGGGGGACCAGCCUAAGCCCCGGGGCAAGGAUGAGCUGACUCUGCUCUAUGGGCUGCUGAAGCUGUGCCAAAAUGACCUUAGGGACGAGAUGUACUGCCAGGUCAUCAAGCAAGUCACAGGACACCCCCAGCCAAAGCACUGUGCUCUGGGCUGGAGUGUCCUCACCCUCUUCACUGGUUUCUUUGCACCAUCGACCACGCUGAUGCCCUAUGUGACCAAGUUCCUACAGGAUUCCAGCCCCAGUGAAGAGUUGGCCAGGAUGAGCCAGGAGAACCUCCAGCGCACAGUUAAAUAUGGGGGACGCCAGCAGCUGCCGUUACCCGGUGAAAUGAAUGCUUUUCUGAAAGGGCAAGCAGCUCGUGUGCUUCUAAUUCACAUGCCUGGGGGUGUGGACUACAGGACGAAUUCACAGACAUUCACGGUGGCAGGGGAAGUGCUAGAGGAGCUGUGUGGACAGAUGGGCAUCACAGACUUGGAGGAAGUGCAGGAAUUUGCCCUCUUCCUCAUCAAAGGAGAAGGUGAGCUGGUCCGGCCGCUGUCGUCCCACGAGUACAUCAACAACGUGGUGACGGACCAGGACAUGAGCCUUCACAGCCGGCGGCUUGGUUGGGAGACUCCACUGCACUUUGAUCACUCAACCUACACUGAAACCCACUAUGGCCAGGUGCUACGGGACUACCUGCAAGGGAAGCUGAUAGUCAGCCCCCAGGCAGACGCUCUACUUGCCCAGCUUGCUGCCUUCCAACACUUGGACAAAACGGGCACUACUAGUCCUCCUUCAGAGCAAGAGCUGCUGUCUCAUAUUCCCAAGCCACUGCAACGGCAGGUGAACACAGCCAACAUAAAGAGCUUGGUGACCCAGGAGCUGAGGCAGAUGCAAGGGUACAGCAAGCAGAGAGCACAGAUUGGCUUUAUAGAGAGCACAACGCAGCUGCCCCUCUUUGGCUACACUGUGUACGUAGUGCUGAGAGUGAGUAAGCUGGUCCUCCCUGGACCAGUCCUCCUGGGGCUGAACCGCCAGCACCUUGUCCUUAUGGACCCCAGCUCUCAGAAACUCUGCUGCUCUGUCGCCCUAAAAGACCUGAAGCGGCUCCACCUGCUGAGCCCACUGGAGGAGGAUGGGCCCCCCGGCCUAGAACUCAAUUAUGGCCCUGUUGACAACCCCCAGACCAUCUGGCUGGAGCUGCCACAGGCCCAGGAGCUGCAGCACACCAUUGUCUUCCUGCUGGGCAGCAUGUCCACUCAGUGGCCAGGUCUCCUCUGAGGAGAGUGGAGAUAAGGCAGCGGCCUCUCACCGGGCAGUCUGCUUUGGUCCUGCUCUGAAACUGCAGCACAACCGCUCCACGUGGAGGCCAUAAGGCAGAGUUGUGACGUCACCCGGGAGAAUAAGGAGCCACAUUCUCUCUGAGGUGGACUGCAACAGGAGUUGGGGCUGUGGAACUGGGCGUGGGCGUUUGCUGGCUCCAGGGAAAAUGCCCACCCAGCUCCAAAGCUGCACAAGUAAAACACCCAAGAAAA